AUGGCUCUAUCACUCCUCUCAGCUGAAUUGCUCAUAUCAAUCGCCAAUUACCUCUCAUCUCCACAAGAUCUGAAUUGUCUAGCUAAAACAUCUCGCCCCUUAUACCAAAUAACCAACCCCAUUCUCUACAAAAAGAAAAAUUCCCACAAUGAAAGCUCAGCUUUACUAUGGGCUACCAAAAGCGGCAAGCCAGCCCCCUGCAGUCGCCUCUUGGAACCCCCCUGUGCAUGGACAGCCGGAAACGGACACGCGGAUAUUGUUUCAGUCUUUCUUUCCACGGCACAGACUGACCCUAACACGUGCGACGCGUAUUUCCAAACCCCGCUUUUCUGGGCGGCUGGGAAUGGCUUACGUUCUUGUCCGCACAUCCCCUGGAGUCACCCCGAGUCCUCAUAUGCCAGGGAAUUACCGGCGGCAGAUUACCUCGAGAUCGUGAAGUUGCUUCUGUCUACCAGAAACAUCCAGCCUGAUCUCCGGAACCUCUGCGGGGAAACAUCCUUGUCAGUCGCAGCCGGCGAGGGGGAAGAAGGUAUGGUAGAGGAGUUACUGUGCACGGAGAAUGUAGAUCCGAAUUCCAGGAAUCGAUUUGGGCGAGUUCCGCUGAUGGCAGCAGCUUUAAAUGGGCACCUGGGGAUCGUCAAGCGUCUCAUCGGUACUGAGGGCUUGGAAGCUGACGCCGGAUCCCACGAUGGAUUCAGUGCUUUCAUAGGGGCUGCGAGUAAUGGACAUAUGGAGAUUGUGAAACUGCUUCUUUCUGUGCUUACCGUAGACCCAAACUAA